CCGGCUGCAGGGAGAGAAGCAGAAAGAGCACAGGAGGCCCGUUGUGCUGAGAACAAAAGCCGCUCCAAGCGGAAACGCUGCGAGGUCUGGGGAGAGGAUCCCAAGCAGGACGACUGGAGAAGGGCGGGUGACUGGCCUGUUGGAAUGAGAAACAUUGGGAACACGUGUUGGUUUAGCGCUGUCAUUCAGUCCCUUUUCCAGUUACCGCAGUUUCGGAGGCUGGUCCUUGGCUACUCCGUCCCGCAGAGCGUGCUGGAGACUUGUCGCAGUCGCACGGGAAAAAGAAAUAUUGCAUUCAUGCAAGAACUUCAGUGUCUGUUUGCUUUGAUGCUGGGGACACGUCGUAAGUUUGUAGACCCGUCUGCAGCCCUGGAGCUCUUGAGGGAUGCCUUUAAAUCUACCGAAGAGCAGCAGCAAGAUGUGAGCGAGUUCACACACAAGCUGCUGGACUGGCUGGAGGACGCGUUCCAGCUGGCCGUGAAUGCCAGCAACCCUGGGGAUAAAUCUGAAAAUCCAAUGGUGCAACUGUUCUAUGGGACGUUCUUGACUGAGGGCGUCCACGAGGGCAAUACUUUCUCCAAGAUUGAAACCUUUGGCCAGUAUCCCCUUCAGGUAAAUGGCUAUCGGAACUUGGACGAGUGCUUGGAAGGCGCCAUGGUCGAGGGCGAGAUGGAGGAGGAGACAGACGCCCGGUCGGUGCAAUAUGGGCAGGAGCGCUGGUUCACAAAGCUGCCCCCGGUGCUCACCUUCGAGCUCUCCCGAUUUGAGUUCAACCAGUCCCUGGGACAGCCCGAGAAAAUCCACACCCGCCUCGAGUUUCCCCGCACGAUCUACAUGGACAGGUACCUCUACAGCAGUAAAGAGCUUAUUUGUGUGAAAAGAGAAGAAAUCAAGAGAUUAAAGGAGAAACUAAUGGUUCUACAGCAAAAGCUGGAGAAGUACCUGAGAUACGGCUCGGGGCCGGCGCGCUGCCCGCUCCCGGACAUGCUGCAGGCCGUGCUCGAAUUCGUCGCCACCAAGGCCACUGCUGCCGCCUCUGCGCCCCGGGGCGCUCGGACACCCGUCCUGCCCGCCCAGGGCGAGCCUCACCUCUUGGAGAGCCCUUCGCAGCAGCACAGUGUCCUGGAGGCAAAGAGCACUAGGGGAACAGAAGACUUUUUGGCCAAUUCUUCCCGGCAAGACCAGCUGGGUACGUCGCUCCAGCCUUCCGAUGCCCCUGCACAAAUGCCCGGCUGCCCGGCUCCUCCCGUGGUUUCCGAGGAAGAGGUGGACCUUGUUAGGACGUGUCUGCAGCGCUGGAGAAGCGAGAUCCAGCAGGACAUGCAAGAUUUGAAAGCUUCUAUUGCCAGAAUCAACCUCUCCAUCGAGCAAAUGUACUGUGACCCUCUCCUCCAGCAGGUUCCCUACCGUUUGCACGCCGUCCUGGUGCACGAGGGGCAAGCCAACGCCGGCCACUACUGGGCCUACGUCUACGACCAGCCGCGGAAAAGCUGGCUCAAGUACAACGACAUCUCGGUGACAGAGUCCUCGUGGGAAGAGCUGCAGCGAGACUCCUUUGGAGGCCUGAGGAAUGCCAGUGCCUACUGCCUCAUGUACAUAAGCGAGAAGGUGUCCCGCCUUGCGGCAGAGGAGGGUGCUGAGUCCGAGCCUGAGGAGGAAGUGGAGGCCCUGCCGCCGGAGCUGAAGCGCUACAUUGAGGAGGACAACUGGCGGCUCGAGCAGGAGGCAGAGGAGUGGGAAGAGGAGCAGUCCUGCAAGAUGGUGCCGAUGGAGCCCUCGCCCGCCUUGGAACCACGGGAACUCUCCUCGGAAUCGGGCCCCGGUGGCUCUGCCGCGCACUUCGCACACGCUGCUGACACCGAGGCGCCGGGCGCACGCUCGCUGCCCUCCGAGCACGCGCUCAUGGCCAAGGAGCAGACGGCGCAGGCCAUCGCCAACACGGCGGACGCCUACGCGAGGAGCGGCGUGGAGGCCGCGCUCUGCGAGCCGAAGGAGGUAGAGCCCGCGGAGGCCCCUCAUCCGGGAGCACCGGCCCUCCCGGUUGAGGCAGACGCACCGCAGGAGGCUCGAGGCACAGAGUCUGCUGGCCAGAGCAGCUCCCAGGUCUCCGAGGUGGAAAUCCCCAGCGUGGGGAAGAUCCUUGUUAGGGCUGAUGCGGAUGGAUAUAAUGAGGAGGUGAUGCUGACCCCAGCCAUGCAGGGGGUGAUCCUCGCUAUUGCCAAAGCCCGCCCGACCUUUGAUCGCGACGGCUCUGAAGCCGGGCUCGUUAAGGCCUUCCAUGAGGAGUACUCCAGGCUCUACCUGCUCGCCAAGGAGGCGCCCACCCCUCAGCACGACGCCCGCCUGCAGCACGUGCUCGUUUACUUCCUGCAGAACGACGCUCCCAAGCAGGUCGUGGAGCGGACCCUCCUUGAGCAGUUUGCAGACAAAAACCUCAGCUACGACGAGAGGUCAAUCAGCAUCAUGAAGGUGGCCCGAGCCAAGCUGCGAGAAAUCGGCCCUGACGACGUGGAUAUGGAGGAGUACAAGAGAUGGCACGAGGACUACAGUCUGUUUCGGAAGGUCUCUGUUUACCUGCUUACAGGGCUGGAGCUCUACCAGAAUGGAAAGUACCAGGAGGCGCUGAGCUACCUGGUGUAUGCCUACCAAAGCAACGGCGCGCUGCUGCUGCAGGGGCCCCGGCGCGGCGUGAGCCAGCCCCUCAUCGCCCUCUUCAGAAGGAAGUGCCUCCUGAAGCUGAACGAGGUGGCGGCGUCGCUGUUUGUGAGCGGCGAAGAGGCUCGCGUGGCGGAGGGCGUCAGCAUCCUCAACGAGCUCAUCAUCCCCUGCAUGCACCUCAUCAUCAACAACGACAUCUCCAAGGACGACCUGGAUGCCGUCGAGGUCAUGCGGAACCGCUGGUGCUCCUACCUGGGGCGCGAGGACAUGGACGCCGCGCUGCAGCUGAAGCUGGGCGAGCUGCUGCCGCGGCUCCUCGACUGCUCGGCCGAGGUGAUGGUGCUCAAGGAGCCGCCGACGAUCCGGCCCAACUCGCCGUACGACCUGUGCAGCCGCUUCGCCGCCGUCAUGGAGUCCAUCCCCGGCGCCGCCGCGGUGGCCGUCACGUAGAGGCGCGCGGAGCCUCCCUGGGCAGCGCCCGGCGCGGCGCCUCCUCACCCCUCAUGUGCUCUGUAUAUAUGAA